AUGAUUAGAUUUAUCCUGAUUCAGAAUCGGGCAGGCAAGACCAGGCUAGCAAAAUGGUACAUGCAUUUUGAUGACGACGAAAAGCAAAAGUUGAUUGAGGAAGUUCACGCCGUAGUCACUGUCAGAGAUGCAAAACACACCAAUUUUGUUGAGUUUAGAAAUUUCAAGAUAGUCUACAGAAGGUAUGCAGGCCUGUAUUUCUGCAUAUGUGUUGACAUAACUGACAACAACUUGGUUUACCUCGAGGCAAUUCAUAAUUUUGUUGAGGUCCUCAAUGAAUACUUCCACAACGUCUGUGAACUUGAUCUGGUAUUUAAUUUCUACAAAGUCUACAGCAUAGUUGAUGAAAUGUUUCUAGCUGGAGAAAUAAGGGAAACCAGUCAAACCAAAGUUCUUAAGCAGCUGCUUAUGCUAUCUUCACUGGAGUGA